CUAUUUCUAUACCAGCUAAAUAUGGCAUGUUUUCUUAAUCCUAGACGUGUGCUACCAUUAUAUGUAACUGCUGGUGAGGACAAAUCAGGACCUCGAUGUCAUAGUUGUGGAUUGAUCAUUCAAUCCAAAGGCACAAAGAAGAUGAAGCUGCUGUCAGAACAAUUGAUCUGUAGGCACUGUGCAAAGUUGUUGAGGUCAAAACAAUACUGUGGCAUAUGUAAGAAGAUCUGGCAUCACACAGAUGGUGGUAGUUGGGUUUGCUGUGAUGGAUGCCAAAUUUGGGUUCAUGCGGAAUGUGACAAAAUAUGUGACAACCUUAAGGAUAUUGAAAACUCUGAUUACUACUGUCCGGAGUGCAAGUCAAAAUUUAAUUUUGAAUCAAUAAAUACAAAGAAGAAGCCCUCUCAAGCAAGAAAUGGUAACAAUUUGCAAGUGGCACGACCUGGUGAGAUAGCUGUAGUUUGCUGUGGUGUGGAUGGAACAUACUUCGUUGAGCAGCACAU